UUAGUUUCAUACUUUCAUAUUGUUUCCAUAUUCGCUUUUCGACUUUUAAGUAGCUAAUUACAAGUUGCUGGCUUUUUCAUAUUUUUUUUACCCGAAUCUAAUCAUGUCCGCGAUUAAGUUUGGUAGCCACCUAAAAGAACUACGAUUGCACUUAUGUCAGUCAUCUUCCUCAAGCAAAGGAGUCCGGCAGUUCAUAGAAAAAUACUAUAUACCGAUGAAAAAAGCAAAUCCAAAGUUUCCCAUAUUAGUACGCGAAUGCAGUGGUGUGGAACCAAAAGUGUUUGCUAGAUUUGAAUUUGGACAAGAACGAAGCGAACAACUAUCUGAUCAAUCAGCGGAUAAUGUACUUAAGAAAAUAGAAGGAUUAGUAAAACAAUAAAAUUUUGGUAAAAGAGAAAUAAUGUUAUUUUAAUAUUAUGUACAUAUUAUAAAAUAUUAUACUAAUAUAUUUUAGUUUUUGUAGUCUGUUGAGCAAUAUGACAUUGAGUUAUUACUGUUUUUAAAUCAUUUAAGUUAAACAAAUAAUUGUAGUUCUUAACUAUUAUAAACCUAGUUAUGAAUAACAUCUUCUUUUCUUUAAAAAAAAUAAUACAUUGGUUGUUAAAAGCAUUUCAUUAUUCAUGUUUGUUGCAAAAUACCAAAACAAUUAUCAUUCAUAAAAAUAAUAAUUAACAACCAAUCCGUGUAAUUAAGAACACUUAUUUACCAUCUGUCAUAAUUUUACAUUUAAUAUUUUGGAAUUCUAAUGUUGCUGGGUCGCUGACAUGUCAAAUGUAAACUAUAGACCAGGCCAAAAAUAUUGAAUUUUUGUUCAAAGUUUUUUCAGAACAAUUUGUGACAUAAUAUGUUUAUUAAUUAUAUCUUUAACAUAGUUGCAACACUAAAUGGAAAUUGUACCUACCAACUUUAAUUUUUAAA